GCUGCCAUGUAGUACCCUCCCUGCACAAUUAGCCAAUCAGGAGCGAGCUCUGCCAGGCAGAAGGACACAUAAGAGAAGAACAUUGCAGCAGAGGCACAGAAGAAGCCUGCGAGGAGCUGGGAAAUACACACACAACAGCAGAACCACAACACCCUCCCCUGGACACACCCUACUGGGGAUCACUGCUUCUCUUUUUUUCUGUACCAACGCCCACGCCACACGGAGAGAAAUCUCUCUCUCAUCAUCAUCCUGAAGAAAACCCCCUUCUCCUCAUUUUCACGCUGCUGAGGAAACCUACAAUCGCACGGGCUGAGAUUUCCUGACCAAGACUGUCUUUUUCCUUUUUCUUUUUUUUUCUUUUCCUUUGGAAAUUGACAUUUUCCUUUCUCGAGCCACAGCGCAAAAACGCCAGCCGUGUCAUAACAGCGAGCCGGCCUGAGACCAGCACAUUGAAGGACCUAGAUCGCUAUCAUCUCCGUACGUCAAGAAUGGUUACUAUAAUUAGCACCAUGGAAACUCAGGUGUCCAAUGGUCCGAGCGGAACCAGCAUGCCCAAUGGCCCCGUUAUCAGCACCAACGGAGCCACAGACGACAGCAAAACUAACCUGAUCGUCAACUACCUGCCUCAGAACAUGACCCAGGAAGAGUUCAAGAGCCUCUUCGGCAGCAUCGGCGAGAUCGAGUCCUGCAAAUUAGUCAGAGACAAGAUCACAGGUCAGAGUUUGGGCUAUGGCUUCGUAAACUACGUUGAUCCCAACGAUGCAGACAAGGCCAUCAACACGCUCAACGGUCUCAAACUGCAGACCAAAACAAUCAAGGUGUCCUAUGCCAGACCCAGCUCGGCUUCCAUCCGUGAUGCCAACCUCUAUGUGAGCGGGCUGCCCAAAACCAUGGGUCAGAAGGACAUGGAGCAGUUGUUUUCCCAGUAUGGAAGGAUCAUCACCUCACGCAUCCUGGUCGACCAGGUCACAGCAGGUAUAUCGCGAGGGGUGGGUUUCAUUCGGUUCGACAAACGCAACGAAGCUGAGGAGGCCAUCAAAGGGCUUAACGGACAGAAGCCCCUGGGCGCCGCCGAACCCAUCACCGUCAAGUUCGCCAACAACCCCAGUCAGAAGACGGGACAAGCCCUCUUAACACAGCUCUACCAGACAGCCGCUCGGCGCUACACCGGUCCUCUGCACCACCAGACCCAGCGCUUCAGACUCGACAAUUUACUAAACGCCAGCUACGGAGUCAAGAGCUCUCCUUUCCUCCCCAGAUUCUCGCCGAUAACCAUUGACAGCAUGACCAGUCUAGCUGGAGUCAACCUGACCGGGCCCACAGGCGCUGGCUGGUGUAUCUUCGUCUACAACCUGUCCCCGGAAGCUGACGAAAGCGUCCUGUGGCAGCUCUUCGGACCGUUCGGUGCCGUCACGAACGUCAAGGUCAUCCGUGACUUCACCACCAACAAAUGUAAGGGCUUUGGCUUUGUCACCAUGACCAACUACGACGAGGCGGCCAUGGCCAUCGCCAGCCUGAAUGGCUAUCGCCUGGGCGACCGCGUGUUGCAGGUCUCCUUCAAGACCAGCAAGCAGCACAAAGCUUAAAGGAUGGCCUGGUCACUAUCGCUCUUUAACAUGCAGGGGGAGCCACCGAGCUCCCUGUACAUCCACUCUACAUGGGCCUGGACUGAGUCUCUCUCUAACACACACACACAUUUAGUUUCAAACAAAAUUCACAAGUAGAGUUUUUUUUCCUUUUCUCUUUACACAACAUGCUAGUCCUUCCCAACAUUUGCCUGUAUUGAAUUAGCAGAAGUGUGAGGAGGGGCUGGGAUUGACAUGAGGGGAAUCCGUGAGGAGGGACAGUCUAAUGAAUGUGACAGAGAAUGUCUGCCGAGAGCUUCGAUUUAAUUCAGGCAAAAUAAGAGAACUGGUCAAGGAAAUAGUGCGAGACGAACAAAAAAUCGAACAUGUGCAAUUUUACCCCAAAUCUUGCCCAGUAACACUUCUGUCUGGCUUCAGAAGAUGUAGUCACUUUUUUACGCUUGGGCAUUUUGAAUCAGUGAUUUUUUAGAGAAAAAGGAUCAAAACAGUGUUCUCUUAUAUAUAUUAUGAUAUAACUAUAUAUUCAACAUUUAAGGUGGUUAUAAUAGCCAAAUAUGUAAGCAUUUUCUAGAACUUUGAUUACGGUUUCCUGGCUCUACAUUAGGUUGCAACCUUGCCUUAUGGCAUCACACACUUUACCUGAGGUCCAACCCGACAGCCGCAGAACAAACGGUGUAGUCGCGAAACGAGAGGUCACCCAGGGUCAUCACAAUCACCUCAGCACACCCAAAGACAACAGCCAUCGCAGAGACACUCGCACACAUAUGCACACACAUGCGAACCUCCACACGAGGACAUGAAUACAUCACGAAUAAGGCCACCUUGAAUCUCCUCGCAUCUUUCCGCUCUGAGUUUUAGAGUUAGAAUCGAUUCCACCACAUGCAGUUGUCUGUGUAACUAGGAGCAUUUUCACAGUGUUCCCAUGGUGAUAGCGUUCGUAAUUCUUUCCAACCAAUAAUGAAGGUCAACAGCGAAAUCAAGAUGUACGUUCAUCAUAUUGAGCAGGUUUAUACGUACGAGUGCUUCUGAAGUUGGAAGGCCUUUCUUGUUAACCUCUCAAGUACACUUUGAGCUAUCCGUAAGACGCAGAGAGCAGUUAUGGAGGUCAGAGGUCUCCAGGGUCGGUCACCACCAGUUACCCUUGCUCUUCAUAACCUCUCUCAGAUGCAUUUAGCUCCAUUCACUAAAGAAGACUUAAACUGACCUCUAAAAUCAGUUUUAGAGCCCCCGCAUAUCCAAAAGUAGCUAACAUAAAACCCAGUUUCGUAUUCUCAUGGCCCUUUCCUGCAGGUCACAUGACAGUCAAGAAGCGUAUCUCAAAAUACUGAUCUCACCAACAACAUCAAGUUAGGUACAAGCCGUCCAUAGCCCUCGAGUGAGUAAACAUAAACAAAACUGUUCCAUGGGGGGAGACAUUGCUGUAAAACUGCAAAGCUUCACGAUGUACGAAGAAAAGAACAGAAAGAUGUAAAUGUGUGUUCAAAUCAAGUGACAUUUUGCUUUUCUAAAUAACGCUGUGUUAGCCAAAGAGGACAAUGAUCUCUUUGAAAGGAUUACAUUAGAGAUUAAUAUAUUUUUAUAUCUACAAGAAAAAAAACAAGACCUUGUGCAACAUUUUUACAGAUUCUUAAUCGUGGAAAUCUUUGGACACACCGCAUGGCUUUUAUUUUCAGAGUUUUCAACUUUGGGUAGAGAGAGCCAGUCUGCGGUGUUCGGGAGGGGAUUUGGAGGGUUGGGGACUAAGAUUUACAUGCAGUGAAACCAUUUCAUUUUCAAAAAUGCAAAACGAACAAAAAAAAGAGAAACAUACGAAACAGGUUUUUAAAAAAGAAUCAGCAGACAGGUAAAUGUAUGCAUUCAGCUUAAAAACUCGAACGUUUCUCUAAAGUGAAACCAAGCGUUGCUUCAGACGGUGCAGUGAAGCUCUGCGGCCUCAAAUUGAACAUCAUCGACUGAGGCGCACGACACCCAAAACAGUGUAACGAGUACACCUUAAGCAUGUUCAGCGCACCAAAAUAAUAGUUAAAAAUUGACAUAAAAUGAUGUAGCUGCACUUAUCAAUGUAAUCUAACAUUUACACACAAUAAUCCAUAGUAGUGAAUUAUAUUCGCCAUUACGUCAUCACACAAGGCAAACGUCGAUCAUUAUACUUUUUCUCUCCUUUUGGACAUGCACCAGUUUUUCUUUCUGUUGAAUUUUUGCUCCGCAUGUUACCUGUAUACACAGUCAGUUCAUAUCGUUGACAUCUGAUUUUGCUUCUUUGCACAAGCACUAACCAACCAAGGGAUCUUAGCUUUGUCAUUGAUGAAGGAAAAAAGUUUAGCAAUCGUGUGACCACAUACACACACAUACACACUUACACAAACACACACACUCACACACACUUCAUAGCACAUAUCAAAGUGUCUCUGAACCCCUCCACAUUAUACCUGUUGUAUCCAAACUGUAAUACACCUUAAAUUAACCCCCUCAGCUUAUACAACCGUAACAUUGCAAAACAUACAAGCUUUUUCUUUCGCUUGCGCAAAUCAUCCUGCAACUUCUCGGUGGUGUGCCCUAAAGAGGUUGAAAUUCGUAUAUGUAUGUCCACCCUCAAAUUUUAGCAACAGGGGGACACCUGGCAACAAGAGGGAUAUUAAAGUCCCCUUUAGCUCCAGCACAUCUAGAGACCUCCCAGCAACUCAUACCCUCAUAGAGCCAAGGACAAUGGCAAGAAAGCAAGACAUACUGCACCGCUUGAGCAACAAUACAAUAAUAAUCAUUAAAAAAAGACAAAAAAACUUUCCUAUGGAACAGUAAGUGCAAUGUGCUUCGUUUUUAUAUUGACUGAGAACAAAAGAUAUAUAUAUUUUUUAAAAAAGAAAUUAAACGUCACACUGAAAUGGUUUGCAGAAUAGUGAAGGAUCAAACGUAACGAAACAACGACAAAAAAAGUGUUAACCAACAGAUUCAUUAAAAGAAUCAAACAAGCACCGAGAGCUCUGAUCUCUAAAAAUGUCCAUUAUCCUUUCCUCCGCCCCCUAUUAGUGCUCUGACCAUGCAAGCUAAAACAAACAGGCGUCUAUGGUAGAGAAAAGAGCUAUUUUUCGAAGACCGUGAAAGGAAUACUGUCUAAAAUAUCAUCGGUUUUAGCCCAUGUUGAUUUCCGAAUAUCAUUUUUCCUGUAAUUUAUUGAUUUACUUUACAUAUCAGAAUCACGAUGUUAACUUAGCGUAUUUGUGUUGUUGAUGUUGCCAUAGAGGACACACGUGGGUCGAAUAUUUCGUUGGUUCCUUUUAUCGGGUGCGAUUUCUUAUAUUUGUUUCCAUUAUUUAUGAUUAGUUGCUGUUCCUACAGUGUAUGCAGGUUUUAGAAUUAGUUAGAAUUAUUUCUUUUCAAUCAAAAUGUGUUUAAUUGUGUUCGUAAAAGUCUGUGGUAGCUUUCGUUGCAACAUAAAUAAUUUAAACUGAAAAAAUUUCAAUAUAGCGCCAAUGAACUUGUAUUAUUUGGGCGACUUUAAGCUUGUAGUUUUAACUUAUUGUUAACUUAAAAACUAUUUAUUAUCAUUAUUAUGAUUAUUAUUAUUGCCUCGUAUGAAAGUAUGUUUUGUGUAUAUUUAUGGUUUAUUUCAUUAUAUUUGCAAGUUUAAAUGCUUUUUAUUUUGCCAAAAUGUGGUUACACCAUUUUGUUUUUCUUUAAAGGGAACAAAUAGAUUUAAAAAAGAAUAAAAAACAGAACAAAAAAACUGCUUUAGAAUUACGAUUUGGAAAAGUUCUCCAUAGGCAAAGAAUGCACUGCUAUAUUAAACUAAUUGAAGUGUAUAAACAUACAUGCUGUGUGCUAGAUGUUAUGCCUUUAAUGCCUGUGUUUUGUUUGUCUUGUUAAAUGAAAACCUUUUGAUUAUUUAAUCUAUUCACAGUCUUGUUUUUCCAGCCACGUUCAGAACCCCAUAGUGUGUCAGGGCCCGGGGCAGUGGGGGUGGGCCGAGGUCUACUGGACCUGCAGACAGGCCUGAGGCUCAGUGCACUCGCCAAAUACCCUGCUGCCGUCCAACCAUGUAUCAGACUGAGAGAACAUUCAGGAAAAUAAUAGGGGGUUCAGGGCAUAAUUAUAAGCCGACACUGGCCAAAAAAACCAGGCAGCGGGCGGAAACGGGCGAGGCACUGAGCUGUAGAAAAGGGGUUAGUGGUCACUCUGUUUCUCAACCAGUUGUAUUUUGUGUCAAUAUUAAGUUAGGAGGGACACAGAUUUACCUAGAAACGUUCUUCUGAAACCAUUUUCCAAGAACAACAGAACAUUAAAAGAAACGAACAAAACAAAAAACGAUCAAAAGCAGAUCUUCUGAUCUCAGUGUCUGUGUGUCACGAAUAAAAAUCUCAUACUUCCAAACAUGAACAAAGACAACGCAUAACAAAAGGGGAAAAAAUAAACCUUUCCGUUGAGUUUAGGAUAUUUAUUACUGGGAUUUCAGCUGAAGACGCUUGAGGACUUUUUCAUGGAAUUGUUUAAUUAUUUGUACUUUACAUGCCAGAAAAAAUAAAAGAUAUGAAUCUCA